AGCUGCCUGCCUGUGUGAAUCGGAGCGAGCGACGCGAGGGUGGGCCGGCCUGCUUCUCCGCAGUCUCCAUUUUGCUGCUGAUACUGUUGCAACCCUUCUUUCUCUGCUGCUCCCCAGCACUUAUCUUGCACCCGGCCAUGCCUGUCUGAACGAGCAGAGAGUGCGUCCGAACACACGAGCCGAUUCGACAACACGCCGAGUGACAGGGAACACACACACACUCACCACUCUGCUCUUGACUCACUUGCUGCCCUCUGUGCAACCUUAGGGACGCCAGGAUGAAGAACAUACAGGAAAAGCUGAACAACGUGGACAAAGACGCGCUGCGCAGGGACGGCCUCAGUCUGUUCUCCAAGCUUAUUCGGACAAAGAAUGUGGCCAGUCUGCAAGAGGCGGCCGAAUCGCGACAGACACAGUCGAGCGGUGGCAAACCCAGAUUACAGAAAUGCCUUGACACAUUAGACCUGACGUCGUUAGGCGUCGGCAGCUGCGUAGGCACAGGAAUGUAUUUAGUCGCCGGAAUGGUAGCUAGGAAAAUAGCGGGGCCUGGUGUCAUUAUUUCCUUCAUCAUCGCCGCAGUAGCAUCCAUAUUUUCAGGUGCUUGUUACGCCGAGUUUGGAGUCCGCGUUCCGCACACGACAGGCUCAGCUUACAUGUAUAGCUACGUGACGGUGGGCGAGUUCAUCGCCUUCGUCAUCGGCUGGAACAUGGUCCUCGAGUACUUGAUCGGCACGUCGGCUUGCGCGUGUGCGCUCAGCGCGUGUUUCGACGCGCUCGCCAACGGCGCCAUCAGCUCUGCGAUGGCAAACAGUAUCGGCACCUUUUUCGGUCGCCCGCCUGAUUUCCUCGCCUUUUUCAUCACGCUGGUCAUGAUGGUGAUCAUGGCGGCCGGCGUGAAGAAAUCUCUCAUUUUCAAUAACAUCCUGAAUGUUAUCAACCUGGCUGUGUGGGUAUUCAUCAUGUCUGCCGGAAUGUUUUACGUUGACUCCAAGAACUGGACGGAGCACAAGGGAUUCCUCCCCUACGGCUGGUCGGGGGUACUGACCGGGGCAGCAACCUGUUUCUACGCGUUCAUCGGCUUCGACAUCAUCGCAACAACCGGCGAGGAGGCCACCAAUCCCAAGAAAUCGAUCCCCUACGCCAUCGUGACCAGCUUAGCCAUUAUACUCGCGGCUUACGUCACCUCUUCCAUGAUGCUGACUCUUAUCGUUCCAUACGAUGAGGUGGAUCAAGACUCAGCAUUGGUCGAGAUGUUCGGCCAGGUGGGCGCGUACAAAUGCAAGAUAGUUGUGGCGAUCGGUGCCUUGGCGGGGCUGACAGUCUCCAUGUUUGGCUCCAUGUUCCCCAUGCCGAGGAUCGUGUACGCCAUGGCCAAAGACGGACUUAUUUUCAGAGAUUUGUCCCGAGUGCUUCCUUUCACCGGCACCCCAGUGCUGGCCACAUUGUGUUCAGGUGUGGCGGCGUCGCUGGCCGCCCUGUUAAUUCGACUUGAGGUCCUUGUAGAAAUGAUGUCUAUUGGCACUCUGUUAGCGUACACCCUAGUGUCGACGUGUGUGUUGAUCCUACGGUAUCAGCCGCACACGACCAACCUGAUGGACCUGCUGCCCGAGGCGUUGCGCACGCCGAUGCGGCGCUCGCCGAGCAAAGAGAUGGCCAAUGGGCAGGCCAUCUACGGCGACCAGCUGCGGCCCGAGGACCUGCGCAGCGCCCUCGAGGUCGGGCCGGGUGGACACCAGCCAAUGAUGUCCGGCUUCAUGAUUGGACAUGCUAGCCAAGCGAUGGGCACGAACCAGAAGGUGCUGGUGCGGCGGGUAACGCGCGGCUCGCCAGACAGUGACGACACGUUCCCCGAAAAUGACUACGAAGGGGACGAGUACCUGGUUUCAGACCGGUGCGAGAACAAGUUCUACGGCUCGCUUCCGGGCGGCGCAGUUGGCGGACAGACGCAGAGCGGCGGCGUGGUUGGCGGGCUGGCGGCGACAGUGGGCGACGCCGUGGGCGCGGCGCCCGGCGCCCAGGCGCUCGGCGGCUUCCUCAGCGGGCUCAAGCGGCGGAUCGUGCAGACGCUGGCCUACGUGUGCCCCGGCCUCUUCCCCUGGGUCGAUCAGGGCCCGGCCACCGAGGAGACCGGCAUGUACGUGAUGAAGAUGGUCGGACUGCUCUACUUGUUCAUCCUUGUUUUUGACCUUAUCGUGGUGGCCGGCGUCGCCAGUGGCGCCGGCGGCUGGACCUUCUUCUUCCUCAUUGUUUUCUUCUGUGCCAUCCUCGGCGUGCUCCUCAUCAUUUCGCGCAAGCCGCAGAACAAGAAAGUUCUCAUGUUCACAACGCCCGGCUUGCCUUUUGUGCCAGCUAUCGCAGUUACUGUGAAUAUCUACCUCAUUUUUAAGCUCUCCAUUCUGACGCUAGUGCGGUUUACCGUCUGGAUGUCAAUAGGCUUCAUAGUGUACUUUAGAUAUGGCAUCAAGAACAGCACGCUGCAGAAGGAGCAGGAUGAGGCAUCGGGCAUGGGCGGCGAGGACUCGAUGCACAACAUCGAGUUGUCGGUGACGAAGCCGCAGGCGCCGUUGGUGCCCCCGCAGGCGCCAUCGCGGACGGCGGAGCCGCCACCCACCUCCGCGGCGCCUUACUACGCGCCCGGAGGCGGCAUCAACAACAUGGGCAUGGUCCUGGACGAGUCGCAGUUCCCUUCGUGGGACGACUAAAUAAAGUUGAAACGGCUGAGCACACUGUAUAAAAACGCAUAGACGAGAAAAAAUAACUUGAGCAGCCGAUCAACUGACGAAAAAUGAGUUGUCCCCAGGAGUAUACAUACGUUGUAGUUGUGUUUAGAGCAUUAGACGCCGGACACUUUAGCGGGACGCAAGUCUCACAGUCGACAGUUAGGCCUUCGGGGCCUCGGGUCACGGCACUGGUCCGAGAAUCCGCGUGAUUUUAGUUCCCGUUAUUGAUUUAAAACGUCGCCAGUGCCGUAGCCCUUCCUCCAAAGGCGUUACUUUGUAAGAACUAAUCUCGGAAACCCCUUUUUUGUUCGUAGUCAGUUUAGCAUAUCUGAAGACGAGUCGUAAAUUGUAUGUACUUGUGAAAUAAGGACUUGGGUGUAUUUCGAAAAGACUUGAUUUAGUUAGCAGGCACCAAUGAUCUCUAAAAGAUAAAUAUAUAUAUAAUUGUUAAGACGCGAACUAUACCAGUCAUAUCAAAAUCACCGCCAGUGUUGCACCCUUUCGUUCAGGAUGCCAAAUUUUAUUAUGAGCAUGAAAGUUUCACGGUCGGAACUUUUAGUUAAAUUGCAUCAAUUUGUAUAAAAAAGAACAAAGACUGCGUCGUUUCUUGAGCGAAUGCGUGUAAAUUUGCAUCCCCUCUUCUAAUUAAUUGCUUCAAACGGACAUGGACACGGUUGAACUAAUGUGUCGGUAUAAAUCUGCAAAUCUGAGCGCCAUUCGAUUUUUAAAAUUAGCGGACAAACGCUGGACUAAGAGAGCGGCCAGUGCUUCAUGACGGUCUUUAAAAGUUUUUAAAUUUAAAGAUUUGGAACAUCUAUUGUCCUGAUUUUUGGAUUCUUGCACCAGUAAAUAAUUAAAUAAUAACAACGGAAAAUGAACCAAGCAGUUCAACAUCCUGAGCAUUGACGACGUCACAAUGUCCUGGUUGCUUACAUCCUUUGUCCAGCCCAAAUUUUAACGUGAAGGCUGAAUUUAAAAAAAUAAAUCCAGUGGUGCUCUGACUUUCUAAUUUUUAAUCGAGCAUAUCAUUUUAAUUUAUAUUUUUAGUUUGAACUAUUAGUUUUCGACGUCUAUGUCCUUAAAACUCGUUUGUCCGCGUGGAGGGCGCAGCGCUGGCAGCGAAUCCAAACGUUCUCUCUCUACACUGUAAAGACGAGUGGAUCUAUUUUCACGAGACGCAGUUAUCUAAAAUCAGAGGACAUUCGGGAGUGUUUAGUUUUGCGGAAGCAAAAAGAGAGCGACUUUUGAAACUCCAUAUUAUAUAUUUUGAUAAAACUCAAUUGAUACAAAGUGCGAAAUGCUGGGAAACGACUUUUUAUUGCAGUUAAUUGAAGAAAUUCAUCGGGAGGGAUCUUCAUUCUCACGAAACAAAAAAGAAUAAAAUGAAAAGAUGUUCAUCUGAUUUCUGCGGAAAAGUAAUAACGGUGAUAUUUACAAGUAACGUGUUGAAUUUAAUGAUAAAAGCAGUGAUUCUCGGUGUUUGUAAAUAAUUCAAGAGUUUUGUUUUAUGUGAGCGGAGGCGUGAAAGUACUAGGAUUAAAGUAAUAACACAACAUCUGUUUCUGCAAAUCGUUAUAGCAAAAGUAAACAGAUAAACUCACACUCUCCUGUUACAAACUCUGAAUCUCUAUUACAUGUUUGUGAUUGUUACAACGUAUAACUUUACAACAGAAAAGUAUAAAUAUAUCUAUAUUAUGAAUGUUCACACUCACACACGUAUCAAAAGCGUUAAGUAAACUAAGCAGCGCGGUUUUCACUCUGGCCCUUCCAGCGGGCCAAGAGCAAAAGAAACCGCGACAAGAAAACAACAUUCCACACGGAACUUCCUUACAUUGAUCGCUGUUUGUCCAGAAUAUAUGUGCGUUUGAAUGCCCCUCGAUGGUUUUAUCAGUACGUGUAAAAAAAGGGAAAAGAUCGUUACGAACCCCGCGUCUAUCAAUGUGCAUGUUUGUUGAAACUCCAUUGUCGUGCUGCCCUCUUGAAGCAAACUGCGAAAUCCGUUCCAAAAGCAUGCGGUUGACUUUUUAUUAGUUAGUCCUCUGUCCUCUCCGAAAAUGAGACUGCUCUUUACACUAUUUCAUUUCUGAUACGUCUAAGUGGCAUUAUUAUCGUCAGCACAAUUUUUGCACUACAACUUUUCACACUUAAGUAACGGCUAGAUUAAUCAGUUGACAUAGCUAUUAUACUAUUCACCUCUCGAAAAGAGGGAAAACUUAGUAUAUCAUUUGCCACUUCACGUGUCUUUGCGAGGUUUAUUUCUCCCUUCUACUUUGGGUGGAGGGGAAAAUACCACUAAAAUUUAACAAAUGUCUGCAUCUUUGUGUGAUUCCUUCAGCAAAUUUCUCAAUUUAUGUGCUUGUGAUCAGGGUAUUUUCCACCACUUUCCAUCUCUUCUAAAUGUGCCUCUAAGUGUGAUUUCCUCGUUACGUGUUGUUGAAAAGAAUACUCUGCAACCUGGCAAUGCCCAAAAUUGGGGGAAAGCAAUGAGAGUUUACAAAGGAACAAUAAAUAAUACUAACUCAGCAGGAAAAGCAAUCAAAGAAUAAAAUUUUUGGGCUUUGCCGUGCCGGUCAUUUUAGUUGUCGUCUCUUCCUCUUUGAAUACGCAUAAUCUCAUCCAAAAUACUCAUCGUCAGUGUUGUUCCGAUAUAUUCCGAUGCGAGUGGUAACUGCGAGAAAAAACGUUCACAAAUAUAAUACCUAUCAAUGUUGUUUACUGACAAAAACUGAAACUAACGCGUUAAGGAGUUACGUAAAAGUUAAGGUGACAAGCUGUAAAAAGUAACACGAUCGCAAGAGGCGACGCUGAAAAGAAAUACUAAAAAAUAUAAAAAUAUAUCAAAUAAGUGCCGAAAGUUGUUUAACUUGCGAGCAGUUACGAUGUGCGUGUAAUACACUAUUUUUCGUUGAUUUAUUCAUUUGAAAACGUUAUUGUUAUUACCGCGUAAGCUAAAGAAAUUACAAAAAGUUUUUCGAUCAGCAAAAUGGAGAUUAGUAGCCGCAAUAAGCGAUGAUGAAAAAUAUGACACACUCCUGAGACUUGAAGAAACGAGAGAGAAAGAAACUAUAACUAUAUAAAAAUGUACAUAUAGCGAAUAAAAGGAUCAUAAAAUAAAAUCUCACAGACACACUCACAUACUACAAAUACGUGUAAAAAGGUAAUCAUCCUGAAAUGAAAAACCCUCACGCAUAAUUUUAAUUCUCCUCUCAUUCCACUGUUGCGUUUGUUCAUUUCGUAUUGACGACUGUAUGUUGUGAUUUAUUGAUAUAUGAAAAAUUAUUGACAAUGUAAUUGAUGGAUGUUGACAGUUCAUCAAUCAUCUCGACGUCUUUUUUCAAAUUGUUUGUUUUAUAUAACCAUUAAAUUUGAGAUUUAAUAGGCAAUAAUUAACGAAAAUAAACAUAAAACUCAAUCAUGCG